UGCAUUCGUACUCGCUGUCUCUUCUCUCGUCUGCAAUCCACCGUUUCCUUAGCUCUACUUUUGCCAUUUGCAACGAACAGGAGGAAAUUCUCGCUAUCCAUUUUAUUUUUUGCUUGCAAUGUUCCUUACUCGCUCAGAAUACGACCGCGGAGUCAACACAUUCUCGCCUGAGGGCCGUCUGUUCCAGGUCGAGUACGCCAUCGAGGCCAUCAAACUUGGCUCGACUGCUAUCGGUAUCCGCACCUCUGAGGGCGUCGUGCUGGCUGUGGAGAAGCGCGUAACCAGCCCCCUUCUGGUGGCCGACUCGAUCGAGAAGAUCCUCGAAAUCGAUACGCACGUGGCGUGUGCGAUGUCUGGCCUGACUGCCGACUCGCGGACCAUGAUCGAGCACGCGCGCAUCGAGGCACAGAACCACACAUUCAACUAUGACGAGCCCGUACCGGUGGAGAGCGUGACGCAGUCGGUGUGCGACCUGGCGCUGCGGUUCGGUGAGAGCACGGACGGCCAGCAGUCGACGAUGAGCCGGCCGUUUGGUGUCGCACUGCUAAUUGCCGGCGUGGAUGACCGCGGACCCCAGCUGUUCCACACGGAUCCGUCGGGCACGUUCUGGCGGUACGAGGCGAAGGCAAUCGGCGCCGGCUCUGAGGGCGCGCAGACAGAGCUGCAGGAGCAGUACCAUCGCGGUAUGUCGCUGGAGGAGGCCGAGACCCUGGCGCUCAAAGUGCUGAAGCAGGUUAUGGAGGAGAAGCUUAGCAGCACCAACGUCCAGCUUGCCAAGGUCACCGAGCAGACGGGAUUCCAGAUCUACACCAAGGAUGAGCUGGAGGCAGUUAUUGGCAGGCUCUGAUGAUCUACUGUCCUUUUGAAAAUCAAAUCAUAAUCAGCACCACUGUUUCUUUAGCCAACAGAUGGAAUCGAGCAUGUAUGUGAUGUCCCGCAGACAUGCUGGGCUCGUGG